CAAUAUUUCGUUUCGUAACUUUAAUCAGUAGAAAAAGUAUUGGGGUUCAUUGUAUGAAAAUAAUUAUUUAUGCAGAUAAGCAAAAUGGCUCCUGCGACGGGCACAUCUACAUCGGGCGCCAAUCCCAGUGCAGCCCCAAACCCUGGCGGCUACUCGGUCAUGCUGUCAGAGGAAGAUUAUCAUAACACACAAAGCAUGGAGAUGACAAAAUUUGUGAGAGAACAUUUCAAGACACCGAAAGCACCCCCUUACAAGUUAGAGAAGCUUCUCAUCCGUACAAGUCUUACGAGAGUGAACGAAAGAGAUCCGAUGCUAUGGCAGAAGCAUUGCAAGAGACGUCAAGAUCAGCUGAACAGAGGAUUCUUUACUCCAAAUCAUAAAGCUUACCAUUCUAUAGGGGACAUACAGUUAAACAGUCAAAGACUUAUACUUAAUUCUAUGGCAGACUAUCUACCUAAAAAGCUUCCACUACAGUCGUUGACUUCAAGAUUUGGUCGUCGAGAUCACAAGUUAUCACCUACCAAGGCAGAGCAGGUCAAAACACCAGUAAAGGACGUGACGACCAAAGAACGCGUUAAGGAGCUUGAUUUAGAUGAGAAACUUCGUGAACGAGCUCAGAUCACAUCAGGGUUUGCUUACAUACAACAGAGACUAGAGGAAUCAGAGAUGCUACUAAAGGCAGAAAGGGGUGGUCAAAGCUAUGAAAAAUGUGUCAAACAAUUAAAGGAAAUGAAGAAGAGACAAUGUGAGAUGAACAAACAAAAAUCACAGUUAACCCUCGUAGCGCCCACCAUGGGUACAUGGUCACCCCUAGGUAGUCCUUCCGGUUCACCAGGUCCAACACUUGAAGAUAGACAAGACACAGAAAGACGAGCUUAUGAACGAAAGAGGAACCUUUGGCUUGGUAAGGUGCGGAGUAUACUCAAAAUCAUUAACGCUCUUCAUAACAUCAAGACGAGAGAUCUCAAGUCACGUGUUCCAUUGUCACAUGAUCAAGUCAAACACAUGUACCGUGAUGUCGUGUGGGAGAAGCCUGCAAUAAUCAGUCAAAGCAAGCCUACACGUCCUGUACAGACAGGAAUGGAAGCGACUACCCGAGCUCACUCUUCAGCAGACACUAUAAGUUCUGGAGAACAAGCUAUGUUGGGUCAUUUGAAGAGUUCUAAACCUGUAUUACCAGCAGUUAACAAGUCAACACUUAGCAUGCAAGGAAAGAGUGAUGUUAACCAAUCACCGAGCCCCGCCCCAUGGAAAAAAUUUGGUUACCAUGGUUUAGCACGUAAAGGGUUUCGUUUAGAACGUGAGAAUAGAGUUGAUACAUGGGAGGAUCUUAUAACAGCACAACCUCCUAGCUCAGGAAAACGAAAUAGCAUGCUACCUACACUCUUAUCAAUGUCUCAUCCUGCCAAUGCUGUAAUGAGAUGGCAUCAGAAUCACAUGGAUCAUAAACAAAAACAACCUUAUUGGAUGACUGUAGGUGUAGCCAGCGACGAAAAGGUGAAACGGCCCCAGGCUAACACAUCUGGUAGUAAACCUAGCGUUGAGGUUGAGCCUGAUGCCGAAGCUACGUUAGAAGAUAUCAGACAGACUUUCUUAAAGACACAGAAGAAACUAGCCAGAGAAGCUCUACAGGAUCUUGAACGACUUGAUAGGGACAGACAACGAGUGAUAAAACACAAGUUUCAGGUGAUAACAUUAAGUCCUUUAUUUGAGAAGACAGUGUUUUAUCUACAAUCAGCUAGAGCUCAUCAGGCAGGCCCUGUUAUGACUAUCGAUGACAGUGAUGAAAUCAAACUAUCUCCAUGGAUUCAGUGUAUUUUUAUCAUCAGGUACAUGGAUCUUAAAGCAAGUGUUGAAGAGGUAUUGGGCAAGCAUGACACGGACGUCGUCAAUCUUUUCAAUAAACUCUCACAAUUUUCACUUGAAGAUGGAAAAUCAAUUCCUAAUGCAAAGGAGAAGCUAUGUUUACUAGUGAUGUCAAUGCCAGCGAGUGAUCUCCUAACCAUUCCUAUGCAGCUCGCAAUUGUCUUUGUACUCGAAGAGAUCCUGUGGGCUCCUCCACGUGCUCUAGCACAGUGGCUGCAUCACAAGAAAGUACCCCUGAUCAUCGACAUCGAUCUACAAUCAACAACAUAGUCGUCCAUUGUACACGUUUCAAUUAGUCUUCCAUUCAGCAUUGUCUUUGUUGACAAUAGAACAUGGUGGAAUCAGUGUUUUCAGCAUUAAAAUAAUG